AUGGAUUGGCUCACCGAAAGCAAUUCAGGAGAAGAAUAUGUCGACAAUUGUACGUACAGCCUUUCAUCUUUGGAUUUCCUUCCAAAAUACAAUUCGAAUGAUAUUCCAAAUUUGGAAAUUCAAUGGCCGUGUGAAGUGAGAACUUAUUGGGUUCAAAUAAGUCCGUUUGUGUCGACGGUUAAAUUUUUACUCACUUACGUCACUCUCGUUAUCAUUAUCAUCGGGAUAACGAUGAACACUCUAUCGUUUUUAAUACUUAAUUCGUCACCGAUUUGUCACACGAGUUUAUCAGUUUUUCUAAGGGCUUUAGCCGUAUCCGAUAAUGGCGCACUUUUAUUUAAUUUUGCAACUGGAGUGGGAAGAAGUCACGUUCCGAUAUUUGCCAAAUUAUAUUUGGAAAGCGUUUGGCUAUGCGGUGCAAACAAAAUUCUAAUAGACGUUUUCCUUUUCUACUCAACGUGGUUGGUCGUGGGAUUAACGGUCAAAAGACUUCUCGUUAUCGGUUGCCCGAUGAAAUUUUCAUUUAAAUGUUCCGUUAAAAAAGCCAAAAGAGUCGUUUAUUCAAUCGGAUUGACAUCUUUUUCAAUUGCUUGCCUCAAGCUCAAGUAUUCCGGUUACGAACAAGACAGCACGUUCGGAUUUAAACCCUGUAAAUUUCAAUCGGAAGGUGUUGAUAACAAGGUUGUUUAUGUUUACAUAGCGUUAUCAACAUGGUUGCCAUGUUUGUUGAUAUUCAUUGGUAACAUAUUGUUAAUACGUCAGGUACGAAUGACGAACAAAUCGAGAUUUAAAUUAAGCGUGAAAAGAUUUAACGACACACACAGAAUGUUGGGUCUUUUGAUAACCGUGUCAAUAACCACCCUCGUACUCAUGCUACCCUUGGGUAUCGUCGAAACUUUCGAACUUUAUUGGGAUGUAGUUCUUAUAAAAAAACCAACGGCUCAAGAUCCGGGACGACAACAAUAUAUUAAAUGCGCGGCAAGAAAUUACUUUAAAAAUUGUUUUCAAACGCCAUGUUGUUGUCGAACGUUUGUAUCCACGUCGAUAACGAGAAUAAGAUAUCAAUUGUCAAAGCUAACAAGAUCAAACGCUACAACAUCCACGGAUAUUGAAAUGGAAUCUCAAAAUAAUAAUAGAAUAACACACAAUUCACCGGAAAUGGGAGGAAAAGAUGAAGAAAAAACAUCGUGA